UCGAAAAUUAGCCCUUCAAAAGACUAAUCCCCAUAGUACUGAAUGCGGGAAACUGGCUGCUCUUCCGGUCCUCUGUUCCGCCGAUCAGUAAGUUCUCGAGCCGUCUCUCUCAAGCUAGGGCUGAGCCAACCAUUGCUCCGCCGUCAUUCGGCGUUUUCUCGUCUGCUUCGCCGGUGUUCAAAGAGGCCGCAGAUAUGGGAAGGAGGAUUUUGAACGAUGCAUUAAGAGCUAUUGUCAAUGCUGAGAGGAGGGGAAAAUCUAUGGUGGAACUGAAACCCAUUUCGACUGUCAUGUCUUCUUUCCUUAAAGUCAUGAAAGAUCAUGGAUAUAUCAAGGACUUUCAAGUUCACGAUCCACAAAGAGUCGGAAGGAUAACAGUUGAGCUGCAAGGUAGGAUCAAGGAUUGCAAGGCUAUCACCCACAGGCAGGACAUCAAGGCAAAGGAUAUUGAAGCUUACAGAUUACGAACACUUCCAACACACCAGUGGGGUUAUGUUGUGAUUACUACUCCAGAAGGCAUCUUGGAUCAUGAAGAGGCAAUGAAAAGGAAUGUUGGGGGUCAGGUCCUUGGAUUCUUUCAUUAGAGAGCCUCCUUGUUUGGCUGUUCCUUCAUUUGUGAGUUCUUUUUUCUUUUUCAGAUGUUUCCCAUAUUCUGCAUUGGGAUCUUCUUAUGGCUUAGUUUUCUUGUUUGUGGCCUUUUGAUUUUCUAUUAUUAAAUGGUGUAUGCUUUAGUGUCAUAUAAGGCAGGCACUGUGGUCCUCUUUUUUUAGUCUUGUUGCUUCCACCAGGAAUGUAAGCAUAAUGUCAGUUUUGAACUUCCACCAGGAAUGAGACAUAAGAGUAGAUAAAAUUCCUUGCACUGGAAACGAGUGUAAUCAAUUAUAUUGCUUUUCAUUAGAAAUGAUUCCAAUAUAACCUA